AACGCUCGCCGAUGGGAAUGGAAGGGACAGUUGGAGACGUAGCACCACUUUGGAGGCGGCGAGCGAUGGCGGCGGAGGGAGAGGAGUCGUUGACAGCGGCGACUGCUGAGGACGGCCUCGAGCGGCUCAUCCGAAACGCCUUGAGCGAAGGGGAAGAAGGUAGGUCGCCUCGCUUCGUCCAGCUCAUCCUUGGAGUGACGGGUUCGCCGCCGCAGGAAGCGGCGGACGAUUCCCAGCCGGCCGAUCGGAUCGUGCUCUUCAACCCCGUGACUCAAGGGAUGGUGGUUCUGCGGGCGGACGCGGCGCUUGUGGCGGAGUUAUUGUCCGAGAGCAGCGUGGGUGGAGGCCUGUCGCCGGCGUCCAAGGCGUCGAUCGAGGCGAUGAGGACGGUGCGGGAUGUAUUGGGUGAGGAGGAAGAGUGCCCGGUGUGCUUGGACGGGAUGGAUGGCGGAGGAGACGAGGCGGUUGCGGUGAGGGAGAUGCCGUGCCGGCAUCGGUUCCACGAGGUGUGCAUCGUGAAGUGGCUGGGCAUACGCGGGUCGUGCCCCGUGUGCCGAUUCCGGAUGCCAGCGGAGGACGACGCCGGAUCGAAGAUGGUUGUUGGCGAGGGGCGCGGAGAAGCGGAGGGCGACGAGGUGGAAAGGAGUAGGAGGAGGAGAAGUGGGCUUUGGGUCACCAUCAUCUACAGCGGAAGCCGGAGGAGCAGACGCAGCGAUCUCGAUCUACCCUCCUCGUCUUCGCCGGAAACAUCAGAAGACGGUGGCGUUGGAGAGAUGUAGUCAGUACCUUGAAACAGGGCACUUCUCUCCAUCCCCCACUUGCGUUAUGUUCCAUUACUUCACUGCUGAAGCACGGCCCCAUAACAUGAUAAAAUUAGAAACAAGUUUGCAGCUAAAGGGUAAAGCUUCUGAACAAAGCUUUUAAAGAACAGAAGAUGAAUCAAGAUUUCAUCUUUGGUCCAGCGUGAAUAGAAGGAGGCAACUUGGUAGCUACACACACACAGACACAGAGAGUGAGAGAGUAGUAAAGAAUCUGUGUUCUCUACUGUGGCGCGCACACACACACAGAGUGAGAGUAUAGUAAAGAAUCUGUGUUCUCUACUGUGGCACAAGGAAUAAUUGCUGAAACGGGGAAGAAUAAGUGUUAGAAAGGGGAGAUGGCAUUGGUGGGAGGGAACUUUCACAAGAGGAUUUAGCCAAUGGGGAGUGGAAGGCGAAGAGGGAGAAGCUUGGGACGUUUAAAUGGACUUGGAGUGGAGUUAUGGUGCUUUGGGGUUUCCUAGGAUUUGACAAAGCAUGGCAGGAGCAGGAACAGUGGCUGGAGAAACCUAUGAAAACUUUGUUCUUGACAAAGGUGGAAGAAGGGUGCAAUUGCAUAGUACUGCAAAUUCAUGGUUUUGUACUCUCUUUUUUUUUUUUAAAUUAAAAGUGUUAUUUAUUGUUGUUAUCUUAAUUUGUUGGAGUUGUUCAUCCCUGUUGGUUGAGGCAUUCCUUAAACUAAGAUUUAAGAGCAUGCAAAAAUCAUUGACACUUUGCUAUCGUUUAUACAGAUGGCUGAGAAACAUUUGAAGAG